AUGCGGCCGGUGCCAGGUCCCCGAACGUCUCAUUCUUCUGGCGUGGACGUAGACAAUCGGGCUUCAGCCUUCGGGAAAGGCAUGGCGAGGGUGUCCGGCGACGUCAAUGGUCCCAGCCGCCAGUUCCCGACCACCAGUCUGCCAGUCGCGCCUAGCCUCAUGCGCCAUCGGCCUGCCCUAUUGCACCAGUUCCUCAACACCAUCACAGAAACGCGCCGGGCCGCAUAUCGCAUCCGGACCGGCAUCGCAGCCAGGUCGGCAGCCAGGUCGGCAGCCAGGUCGGCAGCCAGGUCAGCGGUCGAGACCCUCAGCGCGCGCGACUCUGCGACACAUGGGAUGGCCAUGGAGCCGAGUGCAGAGAUGCCAGGCUUACGCGGACCGCGUUGGCACCGCACCGCGACCUGGCGUGCAGAAGAGGACAUGCGCGGUGAGCCUGGGGAACGGCGGCAGGGAGUCCUUGGAUGA